AUGGACGUCGACGCGGAUGGCGAGCAGCCAAGAAUAGCUCCCACGUAUACUCCCUGCCCGUUUAAUGGCGAGUCGCCGGGCCCUAGAUGCGGUCAUACGCUUACAGCCGUUGCUGCGGUGGGAGAGCCAGGAAGCGCCAACUACGUGGGUCCUAGACUGAUUCUCUUCGGUGGAGCCACGGCUCUGGAAGGCGGAGCUGGUGCCACUGCAGGUGGCGCUGCAGGCAUUCGUCUGGCGGGAGCAACUGCGGACGUUCACUGCUUCGACGUGAAAUCCAGAACAUGGAGCAAAAUGUCGCCAGUCGGCGAGCCUCCGUCGCCUCGAGCAGCGCACGCGGCGACGGCAGUGGGGACCAUGAUCGUCAUUCAGGGUGGCAUUGGACCCGCGGGCCUGGCAACGGACGACCUGCACGUCCUCGACCUCACACAAGCGCGCCCCAAAUGGCACAGAGUGGUGGUGCAGGGCGCGGGACCAGGGCCUCGCUACGGCCACGUGAUGGCGCUCGUGGGGCAGCGCUUCCUGCUCUCCAUCAGCGGCAACGACGGCAAGCGGCCGUUGGCGGACGUGUGGACGCUGGACACGGCGGCGAAGCCGUACGAGUGGAAGAAGCUGGAGCCUGACGGCGAGGGGCCGCCGCCCUGCAUGUACGCCACCGCCAGCUCGCGCCACGACGGACUGCUGCUGCUCUGCGGCGGGCGCGACGGGAGCAGCGUGCCCCUGCCAGGCGCGUAUGGUUUGGCGCGGCACAGAGAUGGGCGGUGGGAGUGGGCCAUCGCCCCUGGCGUGUCUCCCUCUGCGCGCUACCAGCACGCUGCUGUGUUUGUGAACCUGCGCCUGCACGUGUCGGGUGGAGCCCUGGGGGGCGGCCGCAUGGUGGAGGAUGCGUCCAGUGUGGCGGUGUUGGACACGGCAGCGGGAGUGUGGUGUGACCGCAAGGGCACGGUGGCCGUGGCGAGGACGGGGCGAUUCAGUGCGGACGCGCCUGGGGGCGACGCCAGCACCGAGCUCACCCGCCGCUGCCGCCACGCCGCUGCUGCCGUUGCCAACUCAAUCUUUAUCUAUGGGGGUCUCCGAGGGGGCAUUCUUCUGGACGAUCUGCUGAUCGCCGAUGACUCACCACCGGAGCCGCCUCCUCUGCCUGCCACGUCCGCCAAGGCGGAGGGCGUGGGCAACCGCAGGCCGCCCGUGGCCCCCCGCAAGGCGCGCGGGGACGCUGCCGCUGCCUCCGCCGCUGGCAGGGACGCUGACGGCGGGGCGCAUGCUCGCGACCACCUGACCAGUGGUGAGGAGGGCGCGGAUGGGCUGUCCUUCAACGGCAGGGGGGGCGUGCCAGGAAGGGGCGGGGCGGGGGGCAGCGACGAGGAGGAGGAGGAGGAAGACGAGGAGGGGGAUGCGGACGACAGCAGCAGCGACGGGCUCCACCCCAGCACGUCCAGCCUCACCAGUCACAGCGACGACGGCAGGAGUGACACUCCUGACUUCAAGGGCGGCGUGCGCCUGCACCACCGCGCUGUGGUGGUAUCAGCGGACCCAGGAGGCAACAACCUAGGGGGCUUGGUGAGGCAGCUGUCCAUCGAGCACUUUGAGAACGAGGGCCGCCGCAUCAGCUACAGCCCCGAUGGUGUGCAGGCUCACCGGCGCCUGCUCGACAGGCAGAUGUCCAUCCAGGGCGUUCACAAGAAGGUGCUGCAAACGCUGUUGAAGCCGAGGGGGUGGAAGCCGCCGGUGAGUCGGCAGUUCUUUCUGGACGUGCACGGCGUUGUGGAGCUCUGUGACCUCGCUGAGACACACUUCAAGAACGAGCCCUCCGUGCUGCAGGUGCGGGCGCCGGUGAAGAUCUUUGGCGACCUGCACGGGCAGUUUGGCGACCUCAUGCGCCUCUUUGACGAAUACGGCUCACCCUCCACAGCCGGCGACAUCGCGUACAUCGACUACCUGUUCCUGGGCGACUACGUGGACAGGGGGCAGCACAGCCUGGAGACAAUCAUCCUGCUGCUCGCGCUUAAGAUUGAGUUCCCGCGCAACGUGCAUCUGAUUCGAGGCAACCACGAGGCGGCGGACAUCAAUGCUCUCUUUGGCUUCCGAAUGGAGUGCAUCGAACGCAUGGGCGAGGAGGGCGGCAUAUGGGCGUGGCACCGCAUCAACCAGCUGUUCAACUGGCUACCCCUGGCAGCACUCAUAGAGCACAAGAUCCUGUGCAUGCAUGGGGGCAUCGGGCGCUCCAUCCAGCACGUGUCUCAGAUCGAGGAGCUCAAGCGCCCCAUCACCAUGGAGGCUGGAUCGAUGGUCCUUAUGGAUCUUCUCUGGUCGGAUCCCACGGAGAACGACAGCAUAGAGGGCCUGCAACCCAACGCCAGAGGACCAGGCCUCGUCACAUUCGGACCCGACCGAGUGAUGGAGUUCUGUCACACCAACGACCUGCAGCUCAUCAUUCGCGCGCACGAGUGUGUCAUGGACGGCUUUGAGCGCUUCGCAGGGGGGCACCUCAUCACGCUCUUCUCCGCCACCAACUACUGCGGCACGGCCAACAACGCUGGCGCCAUCCUGGUGCUGGGGAGGGACCUCGUCGUCUUCCCCAAGAUGAUCCACCCGCUGCCGCCCACCGGCAACCCAGCCAACUCGUCUGAUGACCAGGAUGACACGUGGAUGCAGCUUUCCGUCAAUGGCUGUAACCUUCCUCCCCCUUCUCCCUCCCUUUUCUCCCCCUUCUUCCCCCUUUUUCCUCCCCUUUUCUCCCCCCCUUCUCCCCUUUCCUCCCCCGCUUCUCUCCUCUUUUCCUCCCCUUCUCCCCCCUUAUCCCCCCAUCCCGGCCCCCCUUUUCACACCAUCCCAUCCCUCCCUGUCACCGUGUGUGAUGCCACCAGGAGCUCAACUCACAACGGCCACCCACGCCAACAAGGGGCCGCCCGCAACCAGGCAACGACCGCAACUCCCUCGCCUUUAUUUAGUCCCCUUCAACCUGCCAGCCUGUGUCUUGCCCACACUCUGUAG